AUGGUUUUGUACACGACCCCCUUUCCUAACAGCUGUCUGUCCGCCCUUCACGCCGUGUCCUGGGCCCUCAUCUUCCCGUGCUACUGGCUGGCGGACCGGCUCCUGGCCUCCUUCAUACCCACCACCUACGAGAAGCGCCAGCGGGCAGACGACCCGUGCUACCUCCAGCUGCUCUGCACCGUGCUCUUCACGCCCGUCUACCUGGCCCUCCUGGUCGCCUCACUGCCCUUCGCGUUCCUUGGCUUCCUCCUCUGGUCCCCACUGCAGUCUGCCCGCCGGCCCUACAUCUACUCCCGGCUGGAGGACAAGGGCCCCACCGGUGGGGCGGCCCUGCUCAGCGAAUGGAAGGGUACGGGUCCUGGCAAAAGCUUCUGCUUCGCCACCGCCAACCUCUGCCUCCUCCCAGACUCGCUGGCCAGGCUCAACAAUGUUUUCAACACCCAAGCCCGUGCCAAAGAGAUCGGGCAGAGAAUCCGCAAUGGGGCCAGUAGACCCCAGAUCAAAAUCUACAUCGACUCGCCCACCAACACCUCCAUCAGCGCCGCCAGCUUCAGCAGCCUGGUGUCACCACAGGGCAGUGAUGGUGUGCCACGGGCCGUCCCCGGGAGCAUCAAGAGGACGGCCUCUGUGGAGUACAAGGGCGAGGGUGGGCGUCAUCCUGACGAGGCUGCCAACGGCCUGGCCUCCGGGGACACAGCUGACGGAGGCAACCUUGAGGAUGCCUGCAUCGUGCGCAUCGGUGGUGAUGAGGGGGGUCGGCCCCCCGAAGCCGUCGAUCCCCCCAAUGGGGGCCAGGCCAGGAAUGGGGCUGGUGGAGGCCCACGGGGCCAGACACCCAACCACAGUCAGCGAGAUGGGGACUCGGGGAGCCUGGGCAGCCCCUCGGCCUCCAGGGAGUCCCUGGUGAAGGGCCGGGCUGGGGCUGAUGGCGGCAGUGGUGAGCCGGGCACCAACAGCAAGCUCCCAUACAAGGCCUCGGUGGUGAAGAGGGCGGCUGCGCGCAGGAGGCGCCACCCGGAUGAGGCCUUUGACCACGAGGUGUCCGCCUUCUUCCCUGCCAACCUGGACUUCCUAUGCCUGCAGGAGGUAUUUGACAAGCGGGCGGCUGCCAAGUUGAAAGACCAGCUGCACGGCUACUUCGAGUACAUCCUCUAUGACGUCGGGGUGUACGGCUGCCACAGCUGCUGCAGCUUCAAGUGUCUCAACAGCGGCCUCUUCUUUGCCAGCCGCUACCCCAUCAUGGAUGUGGCCUAUCACUGUUACCCCAAUGGGCGGUUCUCCGACAGCCUGGCCUCGAAGGGAGCGCUGUAUCUCAAGGUGCAGGUGGGAAGCACACCUCAGGACCAAAGAAUUGUCGGGUACAUCUCCUGCACACACCUGCACGCCCUGGCAGAGGACAGUGACAUCCGGUGUGAGCAGCUGAACAUGCUUCAGGACUGGCUGGCUGAUUUCCGAAAAUCUACCUCCUCGUCCAGCGCAGCCAACCCCGAGGAGCUGGUGGCGUUUGACGUCAUCUGCGGAGAUUUUAACUUUGACAACUGCUCCUCCGAUGACAAGCUGGAGCAGCAGCACUCCCUGUUUACACGCUACAAGGACCCCUGCCGCCUGGGGCCUGGGGAGGAGAAGCCAUGGGCAAUUGGAACUCUGCUGGACCAGGAUGGUCUCUAUGAUGAGGAAGUGUGCACCCCUGACAAUCUGCAAAAGGUCUUGGAGAGUGAGGAAGGUCGCCGUGAGUACCUCGCCUUCCCCACCAGCAAGAGCCCCGGAGGCCAGAAGGGACGCAAAGAGCUGCUGAAAGGCAACGGCAGGCGCAUCGACUACAUGCUGCACGGGGAGGAGGGGCUGUGCCCGGACUGGAAGGCUGAGGUGGAAGAAUUCAGUUUUAUCACCCAGCUGUCAGGCCUGACGGACCACCUCCCGGUGGCCAUGCGACUGAUGGUGUCUGCAGGGGACGACGAGGCAUAG